ACAGCGCCAUCUUUCCACGCUUUGCUGGAAAGACUCCCCCUCUCUCUCGCAGGAAAGCAAAGGGUUAAGGAUAAGGAGUUUUGAGGGAUUUCGAUCGAUGUUUCUUCUUCCACUCGUCGCCAUGAACAAAUGAAUUCGCGGGGAAUUAAAUAUCGGUUUCACAAAGGAGAACGAGUCCUGUGCUUUGAACCAGACCCCACCAAGGCUAAAGUCUUGUAUGACGCUAAGGUCCUUGAUGUCUUGAUCGGUACGGAUGAACAUGGAAGGCGAGUCCCAAAGUACCUGAUUCACUUCAACGGUUGGAGCAGAAGCUGGGAUCGCUGGGCUGCAGAGGAUCAUGUCCUAAGGGACUCGGAGGAAAACCGAACAUUGCAACGUAAACUGGCUCGCAAAGCGCUGGGUCGCAUGAAGAAGAAGGGAUGGACGAAGAGGCGUCGCCGUCAGUCCGAUUCUAAAUCCUCUCUGAAGACUCUUCCCAAAGAGGACGACAGCGAUGACGCGUGUUUGAUUUCGACUUCAGGGAGCAGUGAGGGAGACGACUCUGAUCCUGAAUCCUCAAACAGUGGCGACAGCACAUUCUCUGAGGAUAUCAACAAAAUGAGGGUUGAGCCGGACAUGAACAUGAAGCGAGAGUAUGAGGAGAAGAUUGUUCAUGUCGACAUCAACAUCCCUGAUAUUCUGAAGAAGAAACUGGAAGACGACUGUUUUUACAUCAACAAGAGGAAAAAGCUCGUCAUGGUUCCCUGUCAGAUGAACGUGGUGCACAUCCUCGAGUCCUACGUCAAACACUUCGCCAUAAACAAGGCGUUCAUGGCCAACGACAGGUACAGGCGGCAACAGAACGCCGCGCAGAGUAGCAGUCCACAGCCGAUCCCGCCGGAGAAGAGUGAGGAGCUCUGUAAGGAAAUGGUCGAUGGCCUGAGGAUCACGUUCGACUUCACCUUACCCAUGAUCCUCCUCUAUCCCUGUGAACAAGCUCAGUUUAAGAAGGUCAGCUCGUCCAGACUCUUCCUCGCCAUGAACGAUGGCUCCCCUUCUUCUAGCAAUGCCCAACGAGAACGCAGCCCGAGCCCUCCGGGCCACAACCCGCCCACCCCUCAGUCCACGGACAGCCAGCCGGCUCUAAGCGACACAUCUGCCACCACGCCCACCGCUCCAGCCCCAACGCCGAAGCGUCGGCGCCACCCGGAUAUGGACUGCAUCUCAUACCAGUCUCAGUCCCUCAGACGCUCCACGAGGAACACAUCGGGAAGCGAACGGCCGGCUGAAGGGAGCAGCGGCGGACACCAGAGUGGGGGUAGCGCUACAGCGUCACCUCAGCUCAAACGAAGUCUGGUGGACACAUCGGCGCAGCCCAAGUUCUUCCUCAACCUCGACAGAAAAACUCCAGUCCACAGUGGCUCAUCGUCACCUUUACCUCUGACGCCGAGCAAAGAGAGAAGUGGGCCUUUCUACGGCCUGGAGAGCUGGAGGAACAACGAGCUUAACGAGGUUCUGAGCUGGAAGCUAACUCCUGACAACUACCCGCAGAACGACCAGCCUCCCCCUCCUUCUUACCUGUACGGCUCGCAGCACCUGCUGCGACUCUUCGUGAAGCUUCCUGAAAUCCUGGGGAAAAUGCAACUCCCCGAGAGGAAUCUCCGAGCCCUGAUCAAACAUCUGGAGCUCUUUCUCAGGUUUCUGGCAGAGUUUCACGAGGAUUUUUUCCCAGAGUCUGCAUACGUGUCCGCAUCAGAAGCCCACUACAGCAUGAAACAACCAAGACCCGUUUAUUGAAGGACAUGUGGGCCAUUCGCUUUCUUUCUCAUCUUUUUCCGUCACUCAGACUUCUUCAGCCGGUUCUGGACAGUUACCGGAGGAUUAAACGUCGCAUUCUCUUUGAGUUCGGGCCUCUGUUUUCUACCUCCCUGUGUUCCGCUUUGCUUCAUUGUCCCACUCCAAACACAUCCUAACUGCUGACUACCUGUAUUUUUUUCUUUUUCACAGUAAGUCCUAAAGGAUAUGGCUACUACUAACUCUGAUCGUAGUAGAAUUUUUAUACGGCCAUCGAUAGCGGUAGGUAUUA